AUGGUUGCAAAUACAGUCGUGACAACCUCCGGCACGGAUGCAUACAAUUCACUCUCAAACAAUACCCAUGAGCAGUGGACCAAGGAUGCCGGUCUUCUUCGUCUGAACUUGGGCGUUGGGUUGAUGUUUACAUCGGCUGCUGCAAAUGGGUAUGAUGGGAGCUUGAUGAAUGUCUUGAAGGACCUUGGCGACAUCGAUUCGAAUGUGGAAGGACUCAUCAUCGCUGGCGUUUCUCUCGGUGGCACACCGAGCUUCAUCCCCGCAUCGUACUUUGCAGAUGCCUUUGGGCGAAAGAAGUGUGUUGCCCUCGGUUCGACAAUAAUGGUAUGUGCCUCAGUCAUCCAGGCCGCUACAAACGGGCAUUGGGCAUUUUUUGGAACGCGUCUCAUGAUGGGUGUUGGAUUGGGAUUUGCACAAACAGCAGCUCCUCCUCUAACUACAGAGAUUGCUCAUCCGCGUCAUCGUGGUACGAUCACGGCUAUAUUCCAAUCCACUUGGUACUGUGGUGCGGUACUGUCUGCGAUCAUCACCCUUGCAACCCUAUACCUUUCUAGCUCUUGGUCAUGGAGAAUUCCAUGCUUAAUGCAGGCUUUCUUUCCCCUUCUCCAACUAUUUGGACUGCUUGUUGUCCCGGAAAGCCCGCGUUGGCUUAUAUCCAAAGGACGACGAGAGGAGGCCUUGGAGAUACUGGCUCGUUACCACGCGAAUGGUGAUCACGCCGAUGAGCUCGUUUUGUUUGAAUAUCGCGAGAUAUGUGAAGCCAUUGACCACGAGAAUUCGAUAGCGGAGAAAAGUGGAUGGUCGGCAUUCUUCGCUACCCGUGGUGCUAUUCAUCGCCUGAUGAUAUGUGUUCUGGUUGGCUUUAUGAUCCAAUGGGCUGGCAAUGUAGGAAUUGUUUCCUAUUAUCUCGCACCGAUUCUCAAGACCGUCGGAAUCACAAGUUCAAGUCAACAAGCAGGAAUUAAUCUUGCAUUACAGGCCUGGAAUGGCCUGUCUGCACUGGGCGGUGCUUUUGCAACGGAGAAGUUUGGCCGUAGGCCACUGUGGCUGUUAUCGACUGCCAUGAUGUUCGUCUUUUUCGGUCUGGUCACAGCUUUGUCCGGAAUAUUUGCGGAAAAACACAUUAAGGCUGCCGGUAGCGCUUCCGUGGCGAUGCUAUUUCUGUUCUUUGGCUCUUAUGCUUUGGCCUAUACUCCUCUCUCCAUCGCAUACCCGGUGGAAAUUCUGCCGUACCACCUGCGAGCCAAAGGAUUGUCUCUCUGCUUGACUGUGGUAUUUGCUGCCGGAUUCUUUAACCAAUAUGUCAACCCAAUCGCCUUUGCUGCCCUUGCCUGGAAGUUCUAUUUUGUUUAUGUGGCUUGCCUCGCUGUGUUUAUCUUCAUCAUCUACUUCUUGUUUCCCGAGACGAAAGGUCGCACCCUGGAGGAAAUAGCUGUUGUCUUUGAUGGUGCUUCUGCGCAGACAACGUCGGGGUUCUACGAGAAACAGGUACUCCCCGAUAAGGCGAAAUCGCCCAGCACGACAGAGAUAGAGCACGUGGCUUGA